AUGUCUUGGACAACAGGGACAAAGUUUCCACCUUCUGGAGAUGUCUACCCUUCAAACCAACCUACUCACCUCACCUACUUUCUUACCAAAGGUGAGGAAUCAAGGAAAUUCACUCUCCCUUGCACACUUGGCCAUCUUGAGCUUGACAACGCCUUAGUCGAUUCUGGUGCAAGUAUAUACCUCAACUCUCUCACAAUGGCAGAGAAGCUUGGCAUUGCUGGAGCAUUGCAGCAUCCUACCACUUCAAUCAUGUUUGGAGAUGGAACUUCUAAAUCUCUUCUUGGUGUGUUCAAAAACUAUCAUUUGAACAUAGGAGAAUGCAUCAUCCAAACUGAUCUCACUGUCUUGGAGAUGGAAGAAGAGAAGGAUGUACCUCUGAUUUUGGGAACUCCUUUCCUUAGUACAGUUGGCGCUUCAAUUGAUUUUCACAAGAAAGAGGUGAUUCUCCACAAGGUGAAUAGUUUGGUGUCUUAUCGCUUGCAGCCUAAAGGAUAUGAGUAUUGUGGCACAAUUGAAAGCACCCCUCUAAAUUCCAAAGAGUCAAGAAGUUGCCAAGGUUGUGAAGGAAAGGGUUGA